AUGACAGAAGCAGCACAAGAGGCAAGGGGAAUUCCCAAGAGCCCUAGAAGGUCAAGCUGCUACGAUGCCUACUUUGAAAGGAUUCAGUCCAGGAAGAAAUUACCACAUGAGCUUCAAGAAAAUUUAACAUAUGCAUUUUCAAAAGUUCCAGUUUCGUCUUUCCAAGCCCUUCAGGGAGGAAAAGUAAUUGAGAUUGUAGCAGAUAUAUCUAUUCCUGAUGCAGUCAAGACUCUCUCAGAGCACAAGAUUUUGUCAGCUCCAGUCAUUACUAUGCCGGAUCAAACAUGUUCGGAUUGGAGAGAAAGGUAUCUUGGAAUCAUUGAUUACUCUGCUGUUCUUAAUUGGGUGUUGGAGAGUGCAGAACAUGCUGCUGAAGGUCCCUCGCCAGCUAGUUCAAUAGCAACUACGGCUGGUGGAAUUGGUGGUGCAGGAGCUGUUGGCGCCAUUGGAGCUGUAGCAUUGGGGGUCACAGGUCCUGCUGCAGUUGCAGGCCUUACUGCUGCUGCAAUUUGUUCCGCUGUGGCUGGCAAUGCAGCUGCAGAGAAUGAGGAGGACAAAGAUUCUCCCACAACUGCUGAUAAAUUGACAGGAGAUUUUGACAAGGUUAUACUGCAAGAUGAACCCUGCAAGUCAACAACGGCAAAGUCCAUAGUUAAAUCCUUCCGGGAAACACCUUUCCUUCCGGUAGCAGAAGAUAGUUCUAUGUUGACCAUCUUGCUACUACUCUCAAAAUAUAGGAUGAGGAAUGUACCUGUAAUAGAAGACGGCCAACCAAAACUUAAGAACUACAUUACUCAGUCAGCAGUUAUAUGCGGUCUUGAAGGAUGCAAAGGAAUGGAGUGGUUUGACUGCAUUGCAGAAAAACCUAUCUCGGAUUUGGGACUUCCAUUUAUGUCCUGUAAUGAGGUUAUUGACAUCCAGAGUGAGGAUCUGAUAAUGGAAGCUUUCAAGAAAAUGAAAGAACAGAAAAUCGGUGGUCUUCCAGUAGUAGAUGGGCAAAAGAAGAAGCUAGUUGGUAAUGUCAGCGUAAGCGAUAUCAGAUAUGUGUUUCUCAAACACGAUCUCCUCUCCAAUUUCAGGAAGCUCACUGUUAUGGAUUUCCUGACUACCAUCUCAACCAGCAAAGAACCUGGAAAUCCCAUCCAACCAAUUACAUGCAAUAUCGAGUCGAGCCUUGGGAAUGUGAUUGAGAUUCUUGCUUCCAAGUCGGUUCAUAGGGUCUAUGUGGUAGGUGCGGAGGAAGGGAAAGCUGUUGGUGUGAUUACACUCAGAGAUGUCAUUUCUUGCUUCAUAUAUGAACCCCCCAAUUACUUUGAUGCCUACUUGGGGUUUGCAGUGCAGGAGAUACUGAAGCAGCAAUAA